AUGUCGUUUUUCCUGAAUCAACCCCAAUUGAGCGGUCUCGACGUGGACCCGCAGCGAAUGCAGCUGGCAGAGAUCCACUUCGAGGCCAUGAACUCGACCUUGAACACCAUCAAAAAACAGUGCAUGAUCAAGUGUGUUCCGGACGAGUAUGGAGAAGGCGAGCUGAAUAAAGGUGAGUCUUCUUGUACGGACCGGUGUGUGGUCAAGUUCAUGCAGGCGAACCGGAUUCUCGGUGAGUACGCACAGGCGGUGCGAUUCAGCGAGCGGGACCUGCAACACUACGAAAAAAUCAAACAAUCGUUGGCUAAAACUUCAUGA